CCUUCUUUGUGGUCCCCCAGUUCCUCUUUUGCAGAGAGUGAGCCUGGCGCCAUUGCCCCUUCAGUGAGAUUUUCACUCUACCCCUCUCUAUUUCUACAGUCUUCCUGGGUUGCCAUGCUGUGUGCAAAGGAUGAGUUCUUGGACGAGCUCUUGCAAAAGUGCGUAUCCUGCAAUGUCACAUGUCACCCGCGCCCAUUUCAAGGAUGUGCCGAUGCCUGCAGUUCCAUGGACUGCAGCAAACAUGAGGGCUUCUACUAUGACUGGCUCCUGAGGCAGUGCUUCCGUUGUGUUAGUCUCUGUGGGCAGCACCCCAGGGAAUGCAACCCUUUUUGCAAAAAGGAUGCUGUACCCACCUUACCAGCAGUGGCUGCUCUCCAGGGUGUCCAGUGCAAGAUGGACAGUGCGUGUGACCAGCGGAUGGUCAUCUACAUGGUCUUGGGCAUCUGCCUGUGUACUCUGCUCUUCUCCUUACUGUUGACUUGGGUUCACUUUAGGAAAUGGGUGGAUGCGGCGAUCUGCCAAGCCGGUACCAUCGCUUGCCGGAAAGGAAAUGACAGCCCCAAAGAGCAUCUAAUGGAAGCAGGGAGCGUGGGGAGCGGAUCCAGCGGCAGCCAGACACCAGAGCCCAUUGAAACCUGCGGCUUCUGCUUCCCUGAAGCAAGCCCUGCCAUUCAAGAAACCAGGGCGUGUCACAGGACUUACCAAGCCGGGAUGGAAGGGAGUCCCGCCGUGGCAGGGACUGCUGGCACAGGGAGUAUGGGAACCAUUCCUGCCCCUGAAGAUGGUCACUUCCAAAUUAUCUGCUCUCCCUCGCAAGAAAAGAUGCAGGUGAACUGAGAUACGGGGCAAUGAGAUACUGCAGGACCACAGCUGCCCCUCCACACUAGAGCAAAGCUGUGUGAAUUUUCCAGGUUCUUCCUCCACACAAUUCCCCUGGGAAUGCCUCCUUACACAAUCUGCAGAAUCCGGCAGGUAAAACAAUUCCUGGACUCAGCCACUUCAGGACUGCAGGUGGCAGCGAUUUGCAUGUCUGAAUUCUACCCCCCUUGGAAAGACCUCCCUGCAUAUAGAAAGCCAGGGCUUCAGGAAUAAGAGUUUUGCAGCCUAGUCUUCUCUCUUGACAUACCUGCUAUUUACAUUAACAGUUAGGAAGUCUUUCCCUGCUCUCGCUCUCUGCACAUGUUCUAGAUCAGCAGUGUGCAUGACAUCCCAGGGGGAAAGCCCUUCAUUGCCUUUCUUUCAAAACAAAAACAAAAACCAGCAGCUAGUGAAGAAAGCCUAAUUCUUUGUCUGUUCACAGGAAUAGGACAAGUGUUGAGAGCGCUUGAAUGAAAGAUCACGUUUCUACUGACCCCGAUCUCUAAUAAACAUGCCUUACUUUCUGCAAUACGUACCACAGCAAUCAUUCACAGGUAUAUAAAAAUCAGAUAUGCCUACAGUGUUUAUUUUACACACCACUUUGUCCUCAAAGAAGUAGUGUACAUGGUUCCCCUCCUAAUUUAAUCAUUUCCCCAAGCAAUCUGAGACUCUGCAGGCAUGCCUGCCUUUGCUCUUCCCACUUCAUGCCUCUCUUGGUUCUGCGAGACCAGGGAAGAGGGGAACUUGGCUUCCUCGCCAGCCAGACUCAUCUCUGCCUCUUGCUCUCCCUCCUUUCCUGCUUCCGCUUCCAUUUCUACAUCUGGAGUUCUCUCUGCCACAGACUCUCCCAUCUCACUAAACCCUGUUAGCUCUUCAGCUUUUGACACCACCUCAUCCCCGUCUUCUCCCUCUGACCACUCAUUAACAUCCCACCACCAAUCCCCAGACUCUGAGCCUUCUACCCUUGGGGGUUCCCCAGCUGGUUCCUCGGCGUCCAACCAGUUGAUAACACCCUUGGGGUUCCUUGCACGAUUCUAUGAUUUCAAUGGCACUCACUUGCAAAUCCUGCAUGCUUAGCCAUGCAGCUGAAAGGCAUUUUU